AUGCCUUCCGUGCAGGUGCAUUUGCCCAGUGGGAGGAGCUGUUCCGUGGAGCAGUCGAGCAUCCGGCAACUGAAGGCUGAGGUGCAGCAGCACUUCCAGCGCCGCUUCCUUCGGUUCGCCUUCAAAGGGCGGCUGCUGGAUCCAUCAGCUUCCUUGAGCGAAGUUGGUGUGCGAGAUGGGGACAGCAUUGAUGCAAUCUCGCAGUCCCUAAGGCUGGCGUCCACGGAUGUUGGAGUCGCACUGUAUGUUGAAGGAGGCAUGAUGCUUACCUGGGGCCGCGGCGGGGUGCGAGAGCAGUGGGUACGAGCCCAGCGGAUCCAAGCAACUGAUUAUGCUUUUGCUGCCAUCCUGGACGAUGGCCGUGUGAUAACUUGGGGCGAUCCUACCGAUGGCGGUGACAGCAGCCAGGUGCGAGAGCAGCUGGUGCGAGUCCGGCAGAUCCAAGCAACUUUCAGAGCUUUUGCUGCCAUUCUAGACGACGGCUCUGUGGUGACUUGGGGUGCAAGAGCACUUGGUGCGGGUUCAGCACGUCCAAGCAACUCGCUUGGGUGGCUUUGCUGCCAUACGUGUCGACGGCUCUGUGGUGACUUGGGGCGAUCGUAG